AUGCACCAUGAUUGCUCACCGCCAAUUGUUCAUAGGGACAUAUCAAGCAAAAAUAUUUUGCUGGACUCUCAAUAUGAGGCUCAUGUUUCAGACUUUGGCAUAGCUAAGUUUCUUAAUUCAAACUCAUCCAAUUGGACUUCACUUGCCGGCACAAACGGAUAUAUUGCACCAGAGCUUGCUUAUACAAUGAAGAUAACUGAGAAAUGCGAUGUUUAUAGCUGUGGAGUUUGGGCUACUGAAGUGAUCAACGGAAGACAUCCAAGUGAAAUGAUCCCCAUUCUAUCUGCUUCAAUUGUGGGGCAGAAUUUAUUGUUGAGAGAUUUGUUAGACAUACGCCUUCCACCUCCCACAGUUCAGUACUCUUUUUUGAUUUAUGAGUAUCUUGAAAAGGGUAGCUUGGACAAAAUUUUGAGGAAUGAUGGAGAAGCUAAAGAAUUGGACUGGAAUAAGAGGGUGAACAUCAUCAAAGGUGUGGCUCUUGCUUUGUUUUACAUGCACCAUGAUUGCUCAUUGCCAAUUGUUCAUAGGGACAUAUCAAGCAAAAAUAUUUUGCCUGACUCUCAAUAUGAGGCUCAUGUUUCAGACUUUGGCAUAGCUAAGCUUCUUAAUUUAGACUCAUCUAGUUGGACUUCACUUGCCGGCACAUACGAAUAUAUUGCACCAGAGCUUGCUUAUACAAUGAAAAUAAUUGAGAAAUGCGAUGUUUAUAGUUUUGGAGUUUUGGCUAUUGAAGUGAUCAACGGAGGACAUCCAGGUGAAAUUAUCCCCAUUCUAUCUGCUUCAAUUGUGGAAAAGAAUUUAUUGUUGAAAGAUUUGUUAGACAUGGGCCUUCCACCUCCCACCGUUCAGGUUGAGAGUCAACUACUGUUCAUCACAAAGCUUGCAAUUGCAUGCUUGCAUGCUAACCCAACCUGUAGACCAACCAUGCACAUGGUUUCUCAACAGUUAUCCCCAAAUGCACUUUCCUAG